UAGACUACCGCCCCAUUUCUUUAUUAUUACAAACCUCUUUGGUUUUUAUCAGUAGUAACUUUGACAUUCAUACAUAGCCGAAACUAUAGAAUAUUAAAACGAGAAUAACAUGGGUUAAUUUCUUUGUUUUUUCUAACACACCCCUGUGUUCCUGAGCGAGUAAGAUACGGGGCUACUUGGGACAAAGACGUGCGUGUUGUGAGCAACAACAGUGGACUGUGGGCUGCUUUCAAAAUAAAAGUUGCCCAUUGAAACUGCGAAAACGGAUACAAAUGGAAGAUGCCACAAUUGGACUAGAUAAUGCUAAAUAAAGUUGGAACGUUAUAUAAAUUCAACAAAAUAUGACACAAAGUAAAACAUCUGAAAUCGCACUGUGGAUGUAUUGGACUUCAUAAUUGCAUUGGGGGCAUACUUAAAUUGCAAUAUACAGCCUUACUUAGCCCAAGAUGUACUCUUAAGGAGCAUGCCAUUGACAAUUACAGAAUGGUUACCUGGAGGAAAAUGGGGGAGGGUCAUGCUUUUUCAAUCAAGUCUUUGACUGAACACCAGGAGGGCCUACAUUUUGGGGGAAAUGCACAGUACAGGCACAAGUGGGGUGCCCCCGAACCCCCCUGUAGCCAGAAACCACAACAACAGCCCUGGAAACUCAGGUUCCCAGUAUGCCUUGUGUGCCCUGGGGGUGGGGCUGGUGGCCCUGGGCAUCGUCAUGAUUGUGUGGAGUGUGGUGCCCUCCAACACGGCCGGGAACAACAGCGGUGGCACUGGAGGAGGGAACCCCAAACCAGACAACAGGGGCAGGGCUUCGUCGGUGGCCUUUGUGCUGGUCGGGGCUGGGGUGGCCAUGCUCAUGCUGUCCCUGUGCCUGGGGAUGAGGAACAAGCAGCGGGAGCAAGCUCUUCAAGAGGCCCAGACUCUGGGGGCAGACAACGUAGCUGCCAGUGAGGAGGACGGAGAGACGGCCGAGGAGCGAACCCAGAGGUACACCGUGCCCAGCUACGAGGAGGCAGUGGGCAGCGGCCAGUGGCCCAUACGCCAGAGCCACCUGCGCCACAGCUCCUCCCAGCUUCCUUCCUACGACGACCUGGUGGACGGUGUGCAGAUAGAGGUCGAAGGAUCAGCGGUCACUCAGAUGACAGCCACUUCCGCUAACCCUGCCUCCUCUGCUGCUGCGCCUAACCACCGCACUAGGCGAACAGGCCUCAAUCUCCUUCCCCUUAAAAUUCAGAGGAUUAAAUCAGAGAAGAUCCAUAUGAAGAAUACGGAUAACUCUCAGCCGCCGGGAGGGAUGAGUAUUGAGCCGCUUACUCCACCACCAAUGUAUGAGGACAAAGUGCCCCAGCUCUGAGACUUGGUGCCCUCUAGGUAUCAAAGCAGGGUACUGCAUCCUCUGUGGCCCGCUAUGGGUGGACAUCUGCUGCAAUAGAUGUAAUCAGAUGGCCCCUUGUCAUGCAUCUGUGGCUAAAUGAUCUCGAUGGCACUUGUCAUGCUUACCUGGCUUUUUUUAGACCUGACACUCAAGGGGAGUGAGCAGAGAGCACAGUUCCAAACGUGGGGACUUUGGGUCAACACUGUUUUUAGACAGAAGAGGCUCGGGUUCAAAGGAUCAAUAUGAUUGGGAAAAAUACUCGCUCAAUGUCUUAGAUGCCUUUUGAUUACUUUACAAUGAGCCCUGUUCCAAAUCUCAUUUGUAUAUGCAGCUGACCAUAUUUUUUUUUAUACUCCUACUGAUUUAAUUUCAAGUUCCAUCUUCAUCCUCUCAGUCAAGUCAGCCAUCAAUGGUGAGCUAAAUGUAUUAUUAUUCAUGUUCAAGUUUUUGUAUUCUGUACAGCUACUUAGACAGCUGCUCCUUGGAAUUUUGAGAGGUGUUAUUUGGCGACUGAAUUAAUGGCUUUGCACAGACAGUGUUUGCGGCCUGUGUUGCUUAUCAAUACAGGAUAAUUGACAAAGAGACUGAGGCUCAUUGAUAGUUGGAAGCCUUUGCCCUGUAGCCACGGCGAAAUGGGUUUGGGCUCUGAAGGCAGUAGUGUAGUCCAACUUUUUUAAUUAGCUGUUUUAUGGGACUCUUUCCCUGAGCAGCUGGGAUAAUGGCACCCAUUGCUCACUCACGCAUCACUCUUGAACUAUACAGCAAUACCAGCUCCUUGACUGCCAGCACUGUUUUCAUUAGGAUUAUUCAGAGGAUUAAGUUGUUGCGGUGUCCAAGGUUUGACCCCAUUUUGUUUAGUGGAGCAAGAAGACGUCAGUGCCUUUUAUCUCUCUAGUCUAUUUGUUUCAUGCUUACCAGACUAUGGAAGUUAGCAAAUCAAUGCAGUAAUCGGAUUUCCAGAAUGUUAUUUUAUCAUAUGGAUGCCAUUUUCUUGAUUUGAUGUCAUGUUGAUGACCCUGUUCAGCAACUACUCAACUACAUUUACUGUAGGUGGGAACUCAAACAGUACUUCUUGGCAUAAGUAAACAGUUGCUAAACUAGCAUAUGCAUACCGAUGCACACAGAAUAAGCGUUUUUUUUUAAGAGGAAACUUUUAAUGCUGAAUUACUAGUUUCUAAAUGUAAAAUAGCAUGCACCUCAUGUAUAUUUAGAUUUUUUUUAUAGGCUCUGAAUACAGUCUGUUCUUUCAAUAUUGUUGAUACUCUGUAGUUGUCACGCCUAUGCAAUGCUUUCUGUACCUCUGUGUAUGUGAGACCAUUUUUUACUGUGAGGAAUCAGUGGCUUAUUACUUCCAUUUUCUGUACUCUAAGGGACACUACACUCUAAAAUGAACGUUUGUCAGGCUAACACUUUUUUCAAACCUCAAAAGUGGUCUUAUGUUGAAAGCAGUCUACGUCCCACACUAUGGGUUUCAUAGAUCCAAGGAUAUGUCACAACCUCAAGUGAAUGGAAAAGAUGAGCACCCAAAAUGCUUAUGUUUUUGAAUGGAAAUGGUGCUAAACUUUCCCAUUCAUAAACGGAUCAGAACCAAGACGAGCACCAAUGGAGCUUAAUUAAUAAACAGAUUUUUGAAUGAACAAUUAUGGGUUGUGAUCUGGACUUUUCCAUUAAUUUGGGGACGAUAUCUGUAUCUACACAAUCAAUGGUGUUGGACAUGGAUCCAUCUUCACAUGAGGCUUAUUUUGAGGUAUAAAAAACACCCGACAGCUUUGUGGAACAUAAACAUGGUCAGACUGUUCUCAUUAGUUCAAUGGACUUUUCUCUCAACCAGGUGUGUGUGUGUGUGUAUGACUUUUAUUACGAUAAUUUCAAAGACCAUUAUUUGUACUGGAAAUUAUAUAACUAAUACACUUUUGUAUGUAUCUGAAAGUAUGUUUUUGUAAGAGAGGAAUUCUGUCUAGUGUUUUUGUUGACUUCAAGAUGAUGCAUUCUUGUUGUGGACACUAAAGGAGCGGAGUCUGAAAAUUGUGAGAAAUAAAAGGAAAUGUUUGUA